AUGUCGUAUAGCUGCGGUGAAAACACACUAAAGGUCUCAGCAAAACUGUUUGCUGAGAAUCGAGUCCGUCUUGUUGCAGCACUCAAGAAUGUUGCGCCAGGAAGUGUAGUGCUUCUACAAGGAGGAAUCGAAAAGCAUCGUUACAAUACUGACUCAGAAGAUUUACCGUUCAGACAGGAAUCUUACUUCUUUUGGACCUUCGGUGUUCACGAAGACGGUUUCUUUGGAACUGUUGACGUCAGAUCAGGGAAGUCAUGCCUUUUUGCGCCCACGCUCGAUCCCAGCUAUGGAAUUUGGGCCGGCAAGAUUCACGACGAAUCGUUUUUUAAGAAGAAAUACGAAGUUGACGAAGUUCAUUUCUUGGAUGGAAAUACCAUAAGUGACUACCUUCAAAGGAAUCAAGGCCAAAGAAGUUCUGCUAUUGAAAGCGGAAAACUCCGACAGCGGCAAUGUUCUGCAGCCGCCGAAUUUUCCCGGGAAAGA